AUGAAACGAGUUAUUUGACUGGCGUACAAGGUCUGAGCUGUCCUGUAGCAAAUUAACGCUUAAAAGUUAACAAGUGGUCAGUGAAACAACACGGACAGAGCAUAUUUUCGGUAACCACUGACUAUUUUCUUUCCAGUGCAGUUGUUUCGCUGUCGCAAACCAUGUACGGAAGGGCCAAAAUCAAGGGGGUGACAUCUGGAAGGCUGACAGGAAAGCCCCAAAAGACUCGAACUGGACCACCAGACUGGUCUGAGCCUGUCUAUUCGUUGUACUCUACAGACUCCGAGGAACAGGUCACCACUCUGCACAAGGGUCUGGACCAUUGCGCUGCCCUAUUGAGUGGCAUCCUUCAAGAAGAUGAAGCAGCCUCUACGGGCCGACCAAGAACUGUGAAGAACGGAGCAGCCAAGACGAGAAAUUCCACCUCAAUGGGAAAGAAGACCUUGAAGAAGCUGCCCGUAAAAACAGCCUCUCCAGGUCGUCCCAGAGCUGUGAACGGUUGGGCAGCGAAGUCCCGACCGACCGCCUCCCAGGGCACCGUGGCCCUCAAGAAACUGCCCCGGAAAACAGAUCAGAAGAGCUCUCGGCCCGACCUGCGCGGAGCAGGGGGCGGUUUGACCCCCAAAAGGCAACAAUCCAGUGUUCCGGCCGCGCAUUCCGGAGUGAAGCUGCAUCCGCCCCGAAAACGAGCUCAGGAAUUACACGAGCGAGAGCUCCAGGGGCUCUGGAACUCCGUCUCCACCCCGCACACCGGGUUAGUCUCGGAGGCCUCGCGCCGUCGGGCAGAGCCCGAGACGGAAGAGGAGCUGGUUCCCGUGAGAGACUCGGACACACGGGACACGCACGUGGACACACACGACCUGGAGAGGCCGGUCGUAGAGACCGAAGCCAAAACGGAGAUGGUCCGGUAUCUGCUCGGGGAACUCAAGGCUCUGAUUGCCGGGCAAGGCAGCGUGGCCGAGAGGCUGCUCAGUCACCUGGAAGAGACGGUCAGCGGCGCCCCCGACGGACCUGGAAGCGCGUACGAUCUGUCGGCGGCGGACGGUCCGAGCGCUCGGCCGUGCAGGUGUGGGGGGAUUCAGAAUGAGCAGUUAAAGGAGAGAGAAAACCUGGAAACGCCUCAGAAACAAGAGACGGCCUGUAACUGGGGAGUGCGGGACGAUCUCGUCGCCGUUCAGCUCAGGCUCCGGGAACUCCGGGAGGAAUUUGCAGAGCUCCGCAAAGCCCACGAGGACACGCAGAGUCAUCUCAGAAACGUUGAGGCGGAGAACGCCCUCCUGAAGACAGAUUUGGAGGCUACCAGAAGCAGACUGCUGGAGUGCGAGAAACAGAAGGGCGAGCUAGCGUCGCUGGCUCAAAAACGACUGGAAGAGAUCGGAAAUCCGAAGAGUUUCUUUCAAGUUCAGCGUCCGGCGGACGACCACAGCUUUCAACCGUUAGCCCCAAAUCGGCGUUUUGGAGCGGAUCCGGAAGAGCCCUCCACCGAUCGCAUCAAGCAGUACCUGACGUCCCUGAGUCAAACGCAGCACGGGGGGGCGUCUCCAGAGAGAGGGGACAGCACGCGAGAGCCCGGAGAUGCGUCGCCCCGUCCUCAGUGCGACUUGGAGUCCCUUUGGUCCGACCGGAGCGCGUGGUCAGCGUCCACCUUCGACACCAGAGACGAGGCGGCGUUCAGGGACGGCCUGGCCGCUCUGGACGCCAGCAUAGCCAGCCUGCAGAAGACCAUCCGGCUGGAUCUUCGGCUUCAGCCCUCAGCCUCGAUGUGA